UGUUUUACUAUUACUAUUUAAAACCGAUCAGUCAAAACUUACAAAGGACGUUCCUUAAAAUCCACGCACGCCCAAUUCGAUCUUCCACCACAUCCCUUACUCGUCGUAGACCGCCGUCUGUCCCACCGGAAAACAUUUCUCCGCCGUUAUCCGCCAUUCAUUUGCGCACCAGUUUUCUCUGAUCUCAACUGCAGAAGCAGUGCUAUCCAUCGGACGAUGUACUAUUUGUUUAUAGGAAGUCGACGAAAGAAGCGGAUGUAAAAUGGAGAUCCUUUUUGAUGGCGAUCCCCCUCCUAUACUGCAACUACAUAAAUGGCCCCCUUCUAAGCACGAACUUGAACUUUCAGAGUUUCGUGAAGGUUUUUUAUCUCCAACAAGGGAAAAGUUGCUAUUACUCUCAUAUCAUCGCGAAGCGCUACUGCUUCCUCUGGUCAGAGAGAAUCAUAUUGAAGAUAAUUCAACUUCUCUGGCAUCAUGGAUGCCAACAUUUGUCGCCCCUUGUCUAGCAGAGCAGGAGGAUGAUAUUCUUGGCACUUCUAAGUCAAUUGAAAUGGAUGGUAUUAAUACUCCGGGAAAUCAUUAUAGAAUGUCGAACAAUUUCCCUUUCAUCUAUGAUGUAAACUCCCUCACUUGGGGUAUAUGUGAAGACCCUUAUGGACAGUAUGAGGACAAACCUUUUACAGAACACCUUUUUGUGUCUGGCAAUCACGGGGUCAUAGUUCAUGCUUUUAGUCAAUCAUAUACCUACAGAGUAGUAACGGGAUCCACACAAGAUGGUAAUGCUAAUACUGGACAAGGAUCAUGGGUGGAGUGGGGGCCAGGAUAUCCAGCAACUGUAUCUCAGGAUUUCGAUGCACAACAAGAGUGCAACAGGCACUGUGAGGAUUCCCUCAAUGCUUUAGACAUAAGCAGGAAUGGUGCAACAGCGGCAAGACCAUUUAGCAUGUGUACAAAAGCUGCAAAUGGUUCAUCGUCUGAUAGUAUUUCUAACAAAAAAUGGCUGCGCACAUUGUUAACUAAAGUUGAAACAUUUGUGUCCGAUGGAGUAGUAUAUACUAGAUUCCCAGAUAGUUCAUUAUUUGAUUCCUCUGCUAUGGUGGUCUCUUUUUGCCUUUUUGACAAUGAUUCACUGCUUUUGGAUUUUCUAUCUCAUGGCUAUUCAGUAUCAAGGGAAAAAAACAAUAACAAUUUGUCAACUUUUGAUCCUCAGAACAGUACACUUGCAGAUUCCCUGCCCUCCAAUAUAGGUUCUCACAGUUGUUUGCAUGUAUUCUCUAAUGGUUCACAAUGCUUGAUUGGGUUUGCCUUAAUGGUAUCUGAUUUUUUGCCUGCGACAAAUGAAAGUGAAAACAAUAGAAUAUUAGUUGUUGUGGCAAAGCUCCUCAGUUGGGGAUUAGAGUGGGUUUUUACAGUGACACUAGACAAAAAUGUUGAAAUGACUGCAGCUGGCCAGUGGACUGACUUUCAGUUCUCCCUUUCUUUUCUAAUUUGUCUUAAUGCCAAUGGAUUGAUUCAUUUUUAUGAUGUGAAAAAUGGUUUAUAUAUUUCAUGCCUAGAUCUUUCACGCACUAGUUGGCCUUGCACUUCUAUAGUAUCCAAGGAGAAAGAAGAUUCAUAUGUGAAGAUUAUUGGAGAUUUUUCCGGAGAGAAGGAUUAUUGUCGUCAGUCAUAUAUUCGCCAGAGGAGGUUUGAAAGGCUUUUUGUCAUUGGGAAUGCCCUGACUUUAGGUGUGAUCGAUAAACAUGGUUUUAGUUAUGUAAUACAAGCUUCUGAUCAUAUCCCAAGGAAGUAUCACUCACUUGAGAAAUUACUCCCAUAUUAUGAAGAUCUUAGAUUUGCACCACUAGCGGCAUGGGGAGUAGGUGGUGCUGACAUUGGCUACACAAGAGUGUCUUCCAAUAUGUCAAGUGCUUUUAAGGACUCACCAUUUGGAAUAGCUCGGCCAUCUGAAAGUGAUUUUAAGGAUCCAAUUGUGGAAAAUCGGUUCAAGUUUCUUGGUUGUAAGUUACCAUCUAGCCAUAUGAGAAAUUUUUUUGUUCCUAUGUAUAAAUUUCAAGAAGAUGAUGUCAUUUGUAUGUCACCAUUUGGAAUAACUCGGCUUAUUAAACUGCGGAACUCUCAAGAUAAAAACAAAUGCCGUCUUGUUCAUUCGUAUUUGCAUGUAAAUUUAUCUUUGAAUGAUGACAAAAGUUACAAUGUCCAAGGCUGGGAAGCUAUUGUAAAUGAAACAAUUGCUUGCACUUCUCAAGGUUGUCUGUACUUGGUAACAAAAAAUGGCAUCUUUGUAGUCCUCCCUUCACUUUCAAUUUCUUCAAAGCUCUAUCCUAUAGAAGCUAUUGGAUAUCGUCAAUCAGGUUGUCUUUAUGGUUUUGAGAUGGAUUCCUAUGCGUUUGAAAACAUUGAACGAGUUAAAAUACCUUUGUCAUCAUGGAAAUUAGAGAUUUUGGAUAAAGUUCUUUUAUAUGAAGGCCACAAACAGGCAGAUCAGCUUUGCUUGGAGAAUGGAUGGGAUUUAAGUGUUUGCCGGAUUCGGUGCUUACAACUUGCUUUGGAUUACCUCCAAUUUGAGGAGAUUGAGAUUUCUCUAGAGAUGCUUGCGGAUGCCAAUUUAGCCGAAGAGGGCAUUUUGAGAUUGCUCUUUGCUUCUGUUUAUCUGAUGUCCCAUGAGGUUGGCAGUGAGAGAGAUGUUUCUGCUGCAUCAAGGCUGCUUGCUUUGGCCACUAGUUUUGCAACAAAGAUAAUACACAUGUGUGGUUUGUCACUUCACAAAGGAGAUAAUUCAAAGUCAUGGACUAGUCACAAUGGCCAGUCCCCUCUUCACGUGUUGGAGCUAAUAGAUAUGAGGGCUGAAAAAAUGGGGAGUUCUAUAAAUAUUCAGAAGAUGGCACGUUACCUGGAGAUAACUCGGAGGUUGCAGCGGCAGCUAAAUUCUAAGUUCAAGAGGCCAGGCCAAGGAUUGGUGGAUCGUGGUGGCCUCUUUAACAAUACAGAGUUUUCAUUGGAAGACUCGAAGAUUCUUGAUCUUUCUAGAGAUGUCUUACCAUUUGAUUCUUCUUACCAAAGAGAAACAGUAGUGCAUGUAGCAGAAUUGGAGUCAACUAGUGAUGAAACUCUUGCUUUAAUGCCUGCGGAUAGCAUAGACGCCAAGGCCAAAUUUGCUCUGGAGAAUCCAAAAGACAUGAUUGCUCGAUGGGAAUCGGACAAUUUGGAUCUCAAAACAAUUGUAAAAGAUGCUAUACUUUCUGGCCGUCUUCCUUUGGCAGUUCUUAAGUUGCAUCUUCAUCGUUUACAAGACAUACCGAAUCUGGAAACUCAGGACACAUUCAGCGAAGUUCGUGAAGUUGGAAGAGCAAUAGCUUAUGACUUAUUCCUGAAGGGUGAGACUGGAAUUGCAGUGGCAACGCUGCAAAAGCUUGGUGAAGAUAUUGAAAUCAGCCUUAAGGAGUUGGCUUUUGGCACUGUUAGGAGAUCUCUUCGGGCACAAAUAGUUGACUUUAUGAAAAAAUAUGGAUAUCUUGGAGCACGUGAGUGGAAGACAUUAGAGAUGAUAGCCCUUAUUGAGAGGGUGUAUCCAUGCAGCAGUUUCACAGGCACUUUUUGUAACCGGCUUCAAGAGCUAAAUGGGGAAUUCAAUGGUAAUGCGCCAGGUGAAAUAAGUUUGCAAAUACUCCAUCCAUUGGCUAGGGAUCUUGUUAUCAAAUGCGGAGAGCUUGAUGGAGUUGUGAUGGGUCCGUGGACAAAAAUCGCUCAACACGCAACUCAUUCUGAAACUGAUGAUGUUAGUAUUCACAGAAGUUAUUGGACAGCUGCUGCGGCAUGGUCUGACGCGUGGGAUCAGCAUAUUGUUGAUUGUAUAGUACUUGAUCAACCAUUCGUUAUGGGGAUUGAUGUAUUGUGGGAAUCUCAACUUGAGUACUACAUGCGCCACAAUGACUGGUUGCAAGUUUCAAGACUUUUGGAGGUUAUUCCAUCUUAUGCAUUGUCCCAUGGAAGUCUGAACGUCAGUUUAGAGAGUUUACAUUCUGCACCAAUUAUUGAAUAUCCUCAAGAGCCAGAGACCCCUGGUGCUGGGAACUAUGAGUAUUUCCUUGAAGAACUCGAUGCCAUGUCUCUGAAUGUACCAAAUGUGAAAAUAUUAAGGUUCCCUGCCUACAUCAAUUCCUCAAUGUGGUUAGGUGGACUUAUGGAACAACAACUUGCCAAGGAGUUAAUAUUUAUUAAGGACUUUUGGGGUUCUCUGGAGGAAAUGGUAACUCUGUUAGCUCGGUCUGGUUUUGUUGGUGACACACACAAUUCUUUUGUGCUAGAGGAGGGGUUGUUUGAGAAAUAUUCUGACCCAUUCUUGUCUAUGAAUGACUCUAGAAGUCAGACACAUACCAUCCAAGCCUUUCAUAAACUCAUGGUCUACUAUUGCGCUCAACACAACUUACUGAACUUAUUGGACCUUUAUCUUGAUCACCACAAGUUGGGCAUGGAUGACGAGGCCCUUUCCUUAUUAGAACAUGCAGUAGGAGAUAAUCAACAUGCAAGGUGGUUAUUGUUACAAAGGGUUAAAGGGAAAGAGUUUGAAGCAUCAUUCUCUAAUGCCCGUGCAGUUGCCUCCAAUAGUAUAGUUCCUAGUAACAGUCUCAGUGUCAUGGAAGUACGCGACAUUAUAAAAACAGUUGAUGACAUUGCGGAAGGAGGAUGUGAAAUGGCUGCUUUAGCAACAUUGAUGUAUUCUCCGGUACCAAUUCAAGAUUGUCUUAUCAGUGGGAGUGUUAGCAGAAACCAUAAAUCUGCUCAGGUCACAUUAGAAAAUCUGAGGCCUGUCCUCCAGUGCUUCCCUACAUUGUGGCGUGCACUUGUCGCAGCAUGCUUUGGGCAAGACCCAACUUGCAAUGUUCAGGUCCCUAGGCUCAAAUCCUUUGCAUGUUCUGAGUUAUUAGACUAUUUGGCUUGGCGUGAGGAUGUCUUCUUCUCUUCAGGGCGUGAUACCUCACUUUUACAGAUGCUUCCAUUCUGGUUCCCUAAGUCUGUUCGCAGAUUGGUUCAGCUUUAUAUCCAGGGCCCACUAGGUUGGCAAUCAUUUGCAAAUCUGCCCAUGUAUGACAAUUUUCUACCCAGGGAUGUCGAUCAUGCUGCUAUUAGUCCCAUGCACUGGGAAAUUGCCAUUCAGAAACACAUUGAGGAGGAACUGUAUGAUACUUCGUUGAAGGAAUCUGAACAUGGAAUCGAACACCAUUUGCAUCGAGGACGGGCAUUAGCAGCUUUCAGUCAUCUCCUUUCCGUGAGAGCGCAGAAGUUAAAAUCUGAAAGUUCACAGAGAGUGCGGCCUGGUACUUCUGCACAUGGCCAUAGUCAUGCUAUCAUCCAGUCAGAUAUGCAGACACUCCUUGGGCCCGUAACUGAGACAGAACAGCUUCGUCUCUCAUCUGUCAUUCCCCUUGCUAUUCUGCAUUUUGAGGAUUUUGUGUUGGUGGCUUCUUGUGCAUUUCUAUUAGAGUUAUGCGGUCUCCCUGCCCGCACCAUCAAAAUUGAUGUUGCAGCAUUGAGAAGGAUAUCUUCCUUUCAAAAAUCUGGAGAUUAUGCUGAUCAUUGUAGACAAUGUUCUACCAGGAGUCCAUCUCAAGCCACUAUUGAAGGUGACAUAAGUGAAUCGCUUGCCCGGGCACUGGCAGAUUAUUAUCGUCACCAUGAUUGUCUUGAGUUUGGUAGUAAAAAAGAUAACCAGCCUACCAUCACCAGUAAGCACCAAUCUCAAGCUACCAUGCUGGUUCUGCACCACUUGGAAAAUGCAAGUCUUCCUCAAGUUACAGAAAGAGCAACAUGCGGAUCCUGGUUGUUGACUGGUAAUGGUGAUGGUGUUGAAUUGAGAUCUCAGCAAAAAACUGCAAGCCAGCAUUGGAAUUUAGUGAUAGAUUUUUGUCAUGCACAUCAUGUCCCUUUGAGCAGUAAAUACCUUGCAGUAUUGGCAAGGGACAAUGACUGGGUUGGAUUUCUUUCAGAAGCUCAGAUUGGAGGUUACCCUUCUGAGACUGUAAUUGAUGUUGCAUCUAAAGAGUUCAGUAAUCCAAGACUAAAAACACACAUAUUGACAGUUCUAAGAAGUAUGCAGGCGAGAAAAAAAGCAAGCUCCUCAUCAGGCUUUCAUACUGCUGAAAAGGAGGGACAAACUUCUUUAUCAAAAGAAAACCACUAUGCACCUACGGAAUUAUUUGAAAUUAUAGCCGAUUGUGAGAAUAAGAAUAACCCUGGACAGGUUCUUCUCCAAAAAGCUCAGAAUUUGUGUUGGUCACUGUUGGCCAUAAUUGCAUCUUGUUUUCCAGAUGUCUCUCCUUUGUCGUGCCUUACGGUUUGGCUGGAAAUUACUGCAGCAAGGGAGACUUCAGCUAUCAAGGUUAGUAACAUUGCUUCUCAGAUUGCAAAUAAUGUUGGUGCAGCAGUGGAAGCAACUAAUUCUCUUCCAGCAAGUGCUAGAGUUCCAACUGUGCAUUAUAACCGAAGGAAUUCAAAGCGUAGGCGGUUGUGGGAUCCCAUGUUUAUGAAUUCUUCAAUUUUUACAGAACCUAAAGUAUCUUCAGCCUAUAGCAAUGUAAGGGUUAAUGGUAUUAAUGCUGAAGAUGAAAUGGAGAAGCAACUAGUUCAUGAUGAAAAAACUUCUAUUGAUUUCACUGAAGUAUGUGCUUCUUUAUCAAGGAUGGUUGCAGUUCUAUGUGAAAAGAAUUUGUUCCUCCCUCUUCUUAGGGCUUUUGAAAUGUUUCUUCCUUCAUGUUCUCUCCUACCCUUUAUCCGUGCUCUCCAGGCUUUCUCACAAAUGCGCCUGUCUGAAGCUUCAGCACACCUGGGAUCCUUUUCCGCCAGAAUUAAGGAAGAACCUCAAACACAUACACAAAUGUGGAACGGACAAGCUGGGAGUUUUUGGAUAUGUUCUACAGCUGUCAAAGCUGCUGAUGCAAUGCUCUUAAAAUGUGCAUCACCUUAUGAAAAGAGAUGUUUACUGCAGCUCCUUUCUGCUACUGAAUUUGGUGAUGGGGGUUCUACUGCAGCAUCAUAUCGACGACUUCUUUGGAAAAUAAAUUUGACAGAACCCUCAUUACAAAAAGAUGAAUGCCUUCACCUAUCAAAUGAGUUCGUGGAUGAUUCUUCACUACUAGUUGCAUUGGAAAAGCAUGGUUAUUGGGAGCAUGCACGGAGUUGGGCAAGACAGUUAGAUGCUGGUAUCGGAUCUUGGAAAUCUGCAGUCCAUCAUGUUACUGAAAUGCAGGCUGAGUCUAUGGUUGCUGAGUGGAAAGAGUUUCUUUGGGACGUCCCAGAAGAAAGAGUUGCGUUAUGGGGCCACUGCCAAACACUAUUUCUUAGGAACUCUUUUCCACCCUUGCAGGCGGGACUAUUUUUUCUUAAGCAUGCCGAGGAAGCAGAGAAGGAUCUGCCGGCCAGAGAGCUUCAUGAACUAUUAAUGCUUUCUCUGCAAUGGUUGAGUGGGAUGAUAACUCAAUCUAAUCUAGUUUAUCCAUUGAACCUCUUGAGAGAGAUUGAAACAAGAGCAUGGCUACUCGCUGUCGAAUCAGAAAGUCAAGUGAAGAGUGAAGGAGAUAUCACCUCAAAAAGAUGCAACCAGGAUAUUACCACUAGCAAGAGCUAUAAUAUUGUUGAGCACACUGCAAGUAUUAUAACUAAAAUGGAUAAUCACAUUAACAAUUUGAGGGGUAAAUUUGUCGAGAGGACUGACACAAGAGAAAAUAACCUGACACAUUCACGGACCUCUCAAGUUCUUGAUUCUGCUUCUUUUGGUGCUACUACAGCAAGUGCUAAAGCAAAACGUAGAUCCAAAGGCUUUGUUCCAUCGAGAAAGCCUUGUGUUGAUGUCAUAGAGAAAGGCAAUGAAUUUGAAGGCUUCUUCCAGUUCAGUCUAAAAAAUGAUUCACAGAUAGUAGAUGAGAACGUUAAAGUGGAAUCUUUCUCCAGGUGGCAAGAAAGAGUGGAACCUGUUGAGCUGGAAAGGGCCAUACUUUCAUUACUGGAAUUUGGGCAAGCAGCUGCUGCUAGGCAGCUUCAACAGAAAUUGUCUCCUGGAAACAUCCCAUCUGAAUUCAUGAUUGUGGAUGCUACUCUUAAGCUUGCUGCUUUAUCUACUCCAAACCAAAAGGUUUUACUAUCAGCAUUGGAUGAUGGAGUGUGCUUCAUCAUGCAUUCAUACAAUCUUAUUUCUGAUCAGCACAUGAUUGACCCCCUGCAGGUAUUGGAGAGUUUAGCAUAUGUCCCUGCAGAGGGCAGGGGACGAGGACUCUGCAAGCGGGUCAUAGCCAUUGUCAUGUCAGCAAAUGUUUUGGGCCUUACGUUUCAUGAGGUAUUUGAAAAGCAACCAGUUGAAAUUUUACAGUUGCUCGCUCUCAAAGCGCAAGAUUCAUUUGAAGAAGCGAAUAUCUUGGUGCAAACUCAUCCUAUGCCAGCAGCUAGCAUUGCUCAAGUUCUUGCUGAGUCUUUUCUGAAGGGAUUGCUAGCAGCACAUCGUGGGGGGUAUAUGGAUUCACAAAAGGAUGAAGGACCUGCCCCUUUGUUAUGGAGAUUUUCUGAUUUCUUAAAGUGGGCUGAGCUUUGCCCUUCCGAACCAGAAAUAGGCCAUGCUUUAAUGCGUUUGGUAAUCACCGGGCAAGAAAUACCACAUGCCUGUGAGGUGGAGCUUCUCAUUCUGUCCCACCAUUUCUACAAGUCAUCUGCAUGUCUUGAUGGAGUUGAUGUUCUCGUAGCUCUUGCAGCAACGAGGGUAGAAGCUUAUGUUUCUGAAGGGGAUUUUCCAUGUUUGGCUCGGUUGAUAACUGGGGUAGGGAAUUUCCAUUCACUCAAUUUCAUUCUCGGAAUUCUAAUUGAAAAUGGUCAACUAGAUCUUCUACUCCAAAAAUUUUCAAAUGCCGUGGAUGCAAGUGCUGGUACUGUAGAAGCUGUCAGGGGAUUUAGAAUGGCAGUUCUCACAUCACUCAAGCAAUUUAAUCCCAAUGAUCUCGAUGCAUUUGCAAUGGUAUAUAAUCACUUUGACAUGAAGCAUGAAACUGCAUCGCUUUUGGUGUCUCGGGCAGAGAAUUCACGUCAACAGUGGUUCCUGCGCUAUGACAAGGAUCAGACUGAUGAUCUCCUAGCAUCCAUGCGUUACUUCAUUGAAGCUGCUGAGGUUUACUCUUCCAUUGAUGCUGGCAAUAAGACAUAUGGGGCCGUUGCUCAGGCAUCACUAUUGUCCCUUCAGAUCCGAAUGCCAGAUUUGCAAUGGCUCUGUCUCUCUGAAACCAAUGCACGCCGAGCUCUGGUGGAACAAUCCCGUUUCCAGGAAGCCCUAAUUGUUGCUGAAGCCUAUGGUCUUAACCAGCCAGGGGAGUGGGCCCUUGUGCUUUGGAAUCAAAUGCUUAGACCAGAGCUCAUCGAACAGUUUGUUGCUGAGUUUGUGGCUGUCCUCCCUCUCCAAUCCUCAAUGCUCCUUGAACUUGCCAGGUUCUAUAGAGCCGAGGUGGCUGCCCGAGGGGAUCAGUCCCAGUUCUCUGUGUGGUUGACCGGGGGUGGACUCCCAGCUGAAUGGGCAAAGUACCUUGGGAAAUCUUUUAGGUGUUUGUUGAGAAGGACUGGGGAUCUGAAACUGCGGCUUCAGUUGGCUACCGUUGCCACCGGGUUUCCUGAUGUCGUCGAAAUCUGCAACCGUGCAUUGGAUAAGGUCCCUGAAAACGCGGGACCUCUUGUCCUUAGGAAAGGUCACGGUGGUGGAUACCUCCCACUCAUGUGAAAAAUCAAUCAUAGACUUCUUCUAUACAGUAUUGUUACCGACACGUCCUGUUCUAUUAGCGGCACAAGAUAUUGCAGAUGUAGAAUAUCUUUGGCUUUUUCUACUUUGGUGUCCCCCCCCCCCUCCGGAUACAUAAUAAUAGCCAAGUAGAAACAGUUGGAGAAGAAAUAUACCAGUAGUUAGGACUUAGGACACACACGUUGAAGCUUGUUGAAAAUAUUGAAGCUUUUUGGCUUUGCCAUUUUUGUCACUUUUUUUGUUUCUAAAAUUCUUUCCAAUCAAGAGGCCAGGUUGAGUAGAAGAGCUAUGACACAUUGGCACUUCACUAUAUCAGUGAGAGAUGUAUUAUAUAUACAUAUGAUGCUAUCGUUGUAUAACACCUCAUACAAACUGGACCACAAGAAGAGCAGAACAUUUGGCAAAGAGCUCUCAAGUAAACACUGGCCUUAAUUAGAGAUGCACAUAAGAUUAGAGGCCAAAAGCCCUUAGGAAAAAUAUCACAGGGUUAAAUAAGACUUCACAGAUGCACAUAUGAGGCCCAAAACCUUUAGGAAUACAUCAUAAGGUUAAGUAAAUUGUUUCUCAGAUGCAGGUUAGAGGACCGACACCCUCAGAGAACAUCAUACAGGUAAGCAAUAUUUGUUGGAUCCUCUGGAAAUAGAUCCAGGGAUCCCCUGUCUUGGCAUUGAACAUGAAAUGUCAGGAUAUUCACAACUGCAGAACUAAAUUUGAUGAAAUCCUCGACAGCUGCCCCUUCGAAUUGGGGAACCAAUGGGUUCUGUCAUGUCCUGUUCCUUUUUGUCCGUGAAAAAAUGGAAGGGAGAGACUUGAGAAAAGAAUAUGGAUGGAUAUACAGAACAAGAUUAAAAAAGGGUGAAAUUG